AUGAACUUUUUUGGUGUUCAGAAAUUGACGUAUCGCACCGAAGUGUUGGAGAAGGCGCAUCUUUCUGCAGACGACAAAACCAAAAUAAAGGCUUUGCUAGACCUUCCCAAUGCUGUGGAAUUCAUGUCUUCAGAGGAAAGUGAUAACAAUGAAGAUGGGAGCAGGGGUCCACCACCAAGGCACAUUAAGCCACUACGCUGGGAAAGAUCUAGGUUGAAAAAGAUCAAGGCUGUUCUUGAUGCCUCUUAUGAGGCACGUAUGACAAAAAGGCAAAAAAGAACAGCCGCAAAAAUAACAAGAGAGGCUGAUAAAAACCUUUCAGACAGACCAAUACCAAAAAACUGCCCCUCAUGGGCAGGACGUCAGUAA